AUGCUAAGCCGGUCCUUUAGACGCGUGUGGCCGACGUGGGCAGCGGCGUGCGCGCGAGGCAGACGCCCUGGGGUCUCUGUGGAGACGGCAAAGCGAAGAUUAUACGCGCCCAGUGGGACUAAAAUGUUCUUGACGAGCAAACGCUUCUUCCGCACACAUGCGACGCAGUGGGUGGGUUUGCCGUCCUCACCAGUGGCGUACGUAUGGCGCCACCCACGCACAACCACGUCGCGCGUCACGGAUCGAGUCGGGGAACAAUCUUUCAUUUCCGUCGUGAGAUGCGCCUUGAUUCGCUCGAAAUCCCGCGCAGCGACAGACGCCGCAAACUUUGCAUCGACUAUCCGCAGCCCCUUGAGCUGUCUGCCCUUCUCUCCAGCGGCAUCUUCGCAAGAAGUGCCUCCUCCUCCUCCUCCCGCCGCCGCCUCCUCGGCGAAGCGGCACAGCCGCAGCUCCACCUCGCAGAAAGGCUCAGAGAGGUGCUUUUUCGCAGAGGCAAACAACUCCUUGGCCACCGCACGCAGGUCCGCCGUGCUCACACUCUCCGCCUCGCCUUGCGAAUCCCCAUUGGUCUCCUUGCACGGCUCUCGCCCCCCUCCUUCUCCUUCUCUCUCUUCCCUCUCCAUGCGCCUUAUUUUGCCGGUUUCUAUACCUUCGCUCCUUUUCCUUCGUCCGCCCCACCGCUCACAGCGACGGUGA